AUGGCUUAUUUCGCUCCAGACCCACACUUUUGGGAAACUGGGAUUCUGAAUUUGGAUGGUUUUGCUCGAGAGCCUACUGAAUGCAGCAACCCUAGGGGUGCUACAUCCAUUGUAUACAGAUGCAAACAGAAGGGGACCCAGAAGCCUUACGCUCUCAAAGUGUUAAAGAAAACAGUGGACAAAAAAAUUGUAAGAACUGAGAUAGGAGUUCUUCUUCGCCUCUCACAUCCAAACAUUAUAAAACUUAAGGAAAUAUUCGAAACCCCUACAGAAAUCAGCCUGGUCCUAGAACUCGUCACAGGAGGAGAGUUAUUUGACAGGAUUGUGGAAAAGGGGUAUUAUAGUGAGCGAGACGCUGCAGAUGCUGUUAAACAAAUCCUGGAGGCAGUCGCUUACUUACAUGAAAAUGGAAUCGUCCACCGUGAUCUCAAACCCGAGAAUCUUCUGUAUGCGACCCCAGCCCCAGAUGCACCACUUAAAAUCGCUGAUUUUGGACUCUCUAAAAUUGUGGAGCAUCAGGUACUCAUGAAGACAGUGUGUGGAACCCCGGGGUACUGCGCACCUGAAAUUCUUAGAGGCUGUGCCUAUGGACCUGAGGUGGAUAUGUGGUCUGUAGGAAUAAUCACCUACAUCUUACUUUGUGGGUUUGAACCAUUCUAUGAUGAAAGAGGUGAUCAGUUCAUGUUCAGGAGAAUUCUGAAUUGUGAAUAUUACUUUAUCUCCCCCUGGUGGGAUGAAGUAUCUCUAAAUGCCAAGGACUUGGUCAGAAAAUUAAUUGUUUUGGAUCCUAAGAAACGGCUGACUACCUUUCAAGCGCUCCAGCAUCCAUGGGUGACGGGUAAAGCAGCCAACUUUGUACACAUGGACACUGCUCAAAAGAAGCUCCAAGAAUUCAACGCUCGGCGCAAACUGAAGGCAGCAGUGAAGGCAGUAGUGGCCUCCUCCCGACUGGGAAGUGCCAGCAGCAGUCAUAGCAGCCUCCAAGAGAGUCAGAAGUCUGGCCAGGAACCAUCGCCAACCCAAGAGUGCGGUGAGGACAUCAGAGCUAUUCCACAAGAAGAGAAUAUUCAAGGAGACGGGGCCCACAUGACAGUUGAGAGCACAGAGGCCGAGCUGAUAGAGGAGGUGAAAGAUGAAGGCAUAAAUGCUGAGGAGACCCCCAAGAUGGUGCCUGAUGGUAUAAAGGUGGCUGAUCUGGCAAGAGAAAAGGGCGGAGUGGAGAAGCUGAAGCCCUCGGAGGAAGCAGCAGACCCCAAAGAGGAGCAGGAAAUUCCAGCUGUGGGACUUGGGCUUUUCCAACAGGAUGUGAUCCUGCCAGAAUACUGAAUCUGCUGUCUUCAGAUCUGGAGGCCAAACUCUCCAGCAUGUUACGUGCUUUGUACUUUGUACUUCAUCUUUCAGCGAGGAUGGUGUGGAAGCAUGAUAAGCACUCCAGUGAUUCUGUUUCUGAGGUGCAAAAAAAUACAUAUAUGCCAGUCGGUAACCCUACGUCAAUGCAUGUGACUGCUUUAUGAAAAUAAUUGUGUUUUCUAUGGCAUGUAUGGAUACCUAACACCAGUGAGUUAAGUUGAAAUUGCAAGUUAACACAACACUUAAAAACACAUUUUUCAGCAAUCAGUGGCUCACAUUU